CCGGAGCUCCUUCCCUGCCCAGCUGCUGGGAGCGCGGGGAGAGGCACAUCACCCAUCGGAGGCGGAUGGAUGACUAGAGAAAAAUAGCGACUUGUUUACAGGAUGACAGUCAGGAUUUGUUUUUUUCUCCCUUUUUCUUCUUCUUCUUCUUCUUCUCCUUCUUCUUCUUCUCCUCUCUCUAUUCCGGAAGUAGCUGCUGCGUUGGUUCAAUCUCCAAGCCGACCAUUUCGAGGAGGAAAAUCAGCGCCAGCAGUAUCAUCACCACCAUCUAUCUGAUCCAAUAAUCAAUGCCAUUACUGCUGUGUAAUUGCUCCCGGAUGCGAAGACAUCUUCAUGCGUCUUCCCCGUCUUUCUGUCUAAUUAGAAAAAUCGCAGGGUGCCUUUAUUAUUCCGCCUCUCUUUGACAUUUUCAGCCCGUAUUUUGGCUCGCAAUGAAAUGCUGAUGGACAUCGAAGCGAAGAUGGGAAACAUGGGGCUUUCGGGUGUUUUUGUGUUGCCAUGUUUCCAGCUAGGCUUCUGAAAAAAAAAAAUGCAAAUGAAAAGGAUUGUGCGUUUGAUCUCGACGAUUUGGAUUGUCGGGGUGAAUGGCACGGAUUCUUCGUGGAUCAACCAGAGGCUUUACAGAAAGGAGACGAAAUAGAGAGGAAGAAAAAAAAACGGGACCAUGAUCUGACGCUUGGGAUGCUACAGUGAGGGACAAUAAAAAAAAAAAAAACAGACAUAUUAUAACCACAUCCAAAUCAAACUUCCAUUUCAUCUUCCGCAGCCUUAUUUUUUCUUUUUUUCUUUUUGGAUUAUGAUUCUUGACAAGAGUCCCAGAUGUGACUGUGUGGAUGGCAUGUCGUUGUAUUUUAUAUCCCAUCUUCUGUUUCCUGGCUCUGUGCUGCUCUCUCUUCCACUCGUCCACUCUCUCGCAGUCUUCUGCUUUGGGUAGCAAAAACAUGUAGGCUAUUUUCUGCUGCAAGCCCAGUGCAUAUGAAAAAAAGGUUUCGUUGAGAGCAGCGCGGCGAAGAAAAUGGACCGUGGAAAUCCAAAAAAACAAACAUUAUAGCCUCCAAGUUGUCAAUGUUUUUCUGGAGGGAGCGAUGGAACAUGUAUCUAGACAGCGUUUGCUGAGUUGUUUGAGUAAUGAAUAUUGAAAGAGUGUGUCGGCCAGCUGAAAGGGAAAAUCUUUCAUCCGCAUUGGCUUAGACACACAUGCCAUCAGUUGGGGCGAGAGCCUUUAUUUCUCUGGAUUUCCAAUUAGUAGUUGUGGUAUUACAGAUAUAGCCAAUGAAAAUGAACACAGUGGGUGUAUGAAUAAUAAUAAUAAUAAUAAUAAUAACAACAACAACAAUAAUAAUAAUAAUAAUAAUAGAGGGAGAGGAGAAAAGACAAAAACACUUCAUUUAUUUAUUCCAGUCUGGCGGAUUCUUUAUGUAGCCAAACAUGUUCAAGUAUCGGAUCCGCAUGUUUUUCAAUGAACUGAAAGUCCUGGUGUUUAUGCGAUCCGAUUCGAGACAGUCCGGCUCAGACACAGAUAGACGGUCCACCACCAUGCGAGGUCUGGGGAUGGGCGGCUGCGGUUGGCCGCCUUUCGUCGACUGCCAUUCCCGGGAUGACGAGGAGGAGUACUACGGCAGCGACCCGCGGCCCCGGAGCCUGGCGUUUGAGGACAAGGAGCCCAAGCUGCAAGUGGGCCUGGACGCCGUGUCUCUGGCCAGCACCGCCAGCAGCCUGCGGACCCCCCAGUGCCGGAUCUGUUUCCAAGGCCCAGAGCAGGGCGAGCUGUUGAGCCCCUGCCGCUGUGACGGCUCUGUGCGCUGCACCCAUCAGCCCUGCCUCAUCCGCUGGAUCAGCGAGAGAGGCUCCUGGAGCUGCGAACUCUGCUACUUCAAGUACCAGGUCCUGGCCAUCAGCACCAAGAACCCUCUGCAGUGGCAAGCCAUCUCCCUGACAGUGAUUGAGAAGGUGCAGAUCGCUGCCAUUAUCCUGGGUUCCCUGUUCCUCAUUGCCAGCAUCUCCUGGCUCAUCUGGUCCUCCCUCAGCCCCUCGGCCAAGUGGCAGCGUCAGGACCUGCUCUUCCAAAUCUGCUACGGCAUGUACGGCUUCAUGGAUAUCGUCUGCAUAGGCCUCAUCAUCCAUGAGGGAUCUUCAGUGUAUCGAAUCUUCAAACGAUGGCAGGCUGUCAAUCAGCAAUGGAAAGUACUGAACUAUGAGAAAUCAAAGGACUUGGGUGACCCGGUGAGUUCGAGCAGUAAGACGGGGGCUCGUGGCUCUCGCAGUAACCCUCACGGUCUGGCCAGCAGCAGCGGUGGGCGACAGAGCAGGAGGCUAAGAACUAUUCUGAACCACCACUGUGGGUACACCAUCUUGCACAUCCUGAGCCAACUGAGGCCCAACGAUCCGCGGAUCAGUGCCGCCGCCAACCGAGAGGUGGUGAUGAGGGUCACCACUGUAUGAGUCUAACCAGGCAUGUGCGGAUGGGCUAGACCUCGUCUUUGCGUCCAGAUGUAAAUGAGUGGAGGGACUUAUGGACCUAAUAUUAAAUAAUAAAGACUCAUGUAGGCAACAGGAGCCCUGUGAGGAGCUGAGCGAUGCCCGGAGCAUCAACAGACAGCACACACUUGAGGAUUUCUCCUCUUGUUUCGUACAACAAAAGGAAGCCAGAUGCUCCUUUUCAAUAAUUAAAGAACUGAUGUGAAAAUAAGGACGAAAAAGCAUUAAAAGACACCAAACAUGAAAUGUGUGUAGGGGGUGGGGGGGGGGGAGUGUAAACAGGCUUUGUAACCUAGUCCAAGAUGAUGAGACGAUUUUUCCAGUUCAAUAUCAGGAUGCACAUUUUUGUUUUUUGUUUUUGAUCCUCUUGGUUUUGAUUUGUAUCUAUUCUUUUUGUUUUGUUUUUUACUCACUUUGAUUUUGUACGGAUGUAUGAUUUUAGAGGAAAUCAUGUAACUCCAUACAUGCCAAGCAUUUCCAGACAACUAUGUAUAAUGAUCUUAAAAUUUCUACAAGCUAACCAAUGCUGGUAAAUAGACCGAAAACUGAAACAAACCAACAUGAGGGAGAUACAGAGGAGACAACAGAACAAUAAGUCAUUACAAGUAAAAAAAGAGAAAAAAAAUACAAAAGAAAAAAAAAAGAAAUCAAUAAGAUUUCAGUGACACUUAACCUUUCUGCAAUAAAGAUACGUAUGUACAUUUCACAGGGAAUUUUGCAUGGGUAUAUAAUUUUAUUCUUCAUCACAUAACAUAAGCACAUGACAAAUUUGCUCUAUUUCGAAUGGUGCUUGUCAAAAUAAACACUUUAGAAACAUCUGAUUUCAUUGCACCAACUUUUUGUCAACACGACAAAUGGCAGUGUGUUACAGCUAUUUCAGCUAAAAUACAGAUUGUUGCUGCUGUGUGCUGAUUCAGAUUUGAUAAUAAGUAAACUAUUGGAUUAAAAAUGGGGAUCAGAUGAUCUCUUACUAAUCAGUCUCACUCUGUUUUUUCUUUACCCCACCUGUAGCUUAAAGCAUGCGAGGUCUGAGUGUGUCGUUUUCCUGUGUGAAAAUGUAGUGAGGUAAUGCUGUUUUAGGGAAAUAAAAUGGGUCAUCCUUUA